AUGAAAGCCCUCAACAACAGUCAGCAAAUACUUUCAAAAGAAUUUCAAUGUAAAGUAUCGUCGUCGAUGACGUUGAUGAAUGCUCAAUGUCGUUCUAUACUCGAGGAACAUGAUAUAAAUUUAAUUUAUUUGCAUGCAUAUCUUGGUUGUACGAUCGCAUGGCAAUAUUGCUUUGCUACUAUUCUCUGA